GUUUUGUUCUCUUUAUUCGCUGAUACCGUGUUUUUGCACCAAACAGCAAGUUUGUAAGUUUUUUAAAGCAAAAGAAAGAAAAGUUUGGGAGUCUUUUAAAUUUCUAUUUUGCCAUAAUGCGAAAACGACAGAUUGAUACGCUAAAGAUAUUCAACCUUAAUGUUCAGGAAGUAAAAGAGAACGAGGAGUAUUUAGUAACAUUCGACUCUGGUGGACGGGAAAUAGCGAUCAACAUUCUUCUGGGAGCAGGAUUCCCAAACGAAAAGCCUAAACUAAUCGUGAGCCCAAUUUUGAACCACCCGUGGGUGAACGCGAGCACAGGUGAAAUAGAAAAUGCACCAGGAAUUCUCAAUUAUACGAUACACUCCGAUCUUGGGCGUGUGGUGCAAGCCGUCAGUCGGGAAUUCGAAAAACAUCCACCCUCGCUACUAAACGAUGCUCCUUCCACGUCUCAGCAUUGCGGAAACGGAAACACUCAAGAUACCAGCAUAGAUGCACGCAAUGCGGGUUCCCCCGUUGGGGAACAAGACGUGUUCGGUCUAAGGACUCUACAGUUGGAAGAACUGAGUCGUUUAAACAACGACGAUGAUUAUUUGGAAGAUUUUAUCGAAAAGCUGGGAUUUAUACAAACCCAAAGCAACGAAAUGGACCAGUUGCUGAAUCAGAUAGAAACUCUAGCAACGGAUAACAUUACCAAAAGGGAACAGAUUGUAGAACGACGGGAACGGUUGGACAAACUGCUGCUAGAUUUCAAAGAACUAGGCGAACGAUACGAUGCCUCAAACCAAAAGUACCAACGAAAGGCUGAAGAUUUUUCACCGCAGCACAUAAAAGAACUGUUGCAAAUUGCAGUUUCCACAGCGGAUGCCAAGAGUGAUGAGGAAGCUCAAAAGUUUCUUGCAGGCGAUACCGAUGUUGCUACUUUUCUGCAUGGGUUUAUUGAGACACGGAAGAGCUUCACGAUGCGAAAGGCAAAGGAAGAAAGACUUACACAACAGCUGACAGCAUUGGAACGUGCUGCGUUCUAAUGUGUUGUGGUUUGCCAAACUAAUCACCUCCCCUGGGUGGGAAAUUUCCCAUGUGAUAUAGGAUUUGUUGUUGUUUACUAUCUGUGUUUGUACUAUUCCAAAUUAAACUGGUAGUGGCCGCAGUAAAUUAAUUAU